AUGUCCAACGAAGCGCUCCAAGAAACCAACAAUAAAGCCCUUGGUACCGCCGCGGGCACGUUUCCGAUCGUCACACUACCCGACGGACGCAAAGUACCCACCGGGACGGUCGGUGCCCUACUUGUGAAUAUCAAGGCCUUUGAUGAGGGAUUUGAUGAGGGGAGUGAAGAGGAUCGCGUUAGACUCGAACUGGCAAUUCGAUCCGCAAUUCCAACUCUACACAAAAUUGGCAUGUUCGAUCUUUUUGCCCCGGACGAGUGGUUUUCUCAGUCAAGCACCGGGCGCAGUUUAGUGGGCCAAUUGGCGAAGGAUUACAUUGCGUAG